UCGCAGUAGUUUUUGCGAUAUCGCGGCGUGCACAACGACCAAAAAAAAAAAAAGAGCAGAGGGUCUGGUAUCGUUUCGUACACGAUACGUUUCUCGAGUCCUUGUGCUCAUGAGUUAGUUUGUUUACUAUCUAUUUUCACUUAAGAAACAUGGAUUCAAAAGUCAAAUCGACCGAUCGAUAUCACGCGAACAUUCAAUAUGCCCCAGCAUCAAAUAAAACAGGCGCAUCGAGUAGAGGGACAAAAAGCUCGAGCCCUACGAACCAAAGUUUUCUUUAUAAAAAAGUUCUUUUAGUAGUAGUAUUAUUUUUAUUCAUGGUCUUACUUCUAUUCACCUGCACUGGCUUAUUAUACUUGCAAACUUCCGAAGCUCAAUUCUGGCAUAAACAGCUGAAAGUAUUGAAAUACUUUAAUUACGGAACCGGAGAUAUCGAGCCACCGGACUAUAAGAUGUAUCAGGGAAAAUCUGAAGUGUUCACAGAUAAUAAAGACGCAGGUCCUGAAAAAUAUUCGUUUGCAUUCAUGCCGACCGAGAAGCCGAAUGUACAACUUCUACGUAAUAUGCGUGUGAAGCGCCAGAAACGCCAAGUCGAUACAGGUAACUUCGAUUGCGCUGCCAGGAAGGACGAAUGUCAGCUGAUUUUACAAGGUUUUAACGACAUGACGAAGGACGCGCUGGAGAAAAUCAAGCACUUGCAGAAGACCCUGGUGCAGCACAACUUCGUGACGGAAAACGACCCGAAGAAUCUGAUGUUUCGCCGGGUGAUGGACUGCCUGCGCUGUCGCAACGCCCAGGCGCAGGACAGCAACGUCUAUCCGGAGGCAGCACACGCGCAAGCGGCGGGCGUCGGCCGACAACUCGACGACGGCAAUUCCGACAUGGUGCCCGAGCUCGAGUACAUGAGGCCGUUCCUGGAGAACAUGCCGUACGCGGACAUCAACGACAACGUGAUCGACGGCCAGAACAAUCGCCACUACGACGAGGACGCCGAGCGCGUCGCCAAGGCACCCGUGGUCGGCGCCAAGCAGGUGAUCGAGACGGUGCGCAACAGCACCACCACCAUCGACGGCAGGAAGGUCUGGAACAUCGUGAAAAAUACAACUGUCGUCGAGGACGACGCCAACCAAGAAACGACCAUGAAACCCGCCACGGCAUUUCGCUCAGGCGGCCGAGGCGACGAGUCUCACGUGACGCGCAACAUCGACCAGACGCCGAUCAUACUGCCGACCGCCGAGACAAUGAAGACGAGCCAGCAGAUCCAGUUCACGCCGCAGAGUAGCUGGCCUAGCAUUCCCAUGUGCUUCUACGUGCCCCCGUCCGCGGCGAAUUCCUAUCCGUUCAAGCCAGCCUCGGGCAACGGCGGUGGUGCCGGUCCUGGCGGCAACGCCAACAACAAUCCCGGAUCUCCCUUCUUCUCUCCGUACAACGUGCCGCAACAAGGUUUACCCAAUCAGCAGAAAUUCUUCCCGAUGGGCAAUCAGCCGGGCUACCCUCCGAUGCAUCCCAUGCAGAUGCAAAUGCAAAUACCGAUGGCGAUGCCCAUGCCGAUGCCCAUGGCCAUGUCCAUGAUGGGAUCGCCGAUGAUGGGCUUCCCACCGAUGCAGCCGCCGAACAUGCCCUAUUAUUGCACCUACAUGCCGAUGCCGCCGAAUAUCCAGCAGCCGCAGCCACAGUUGCAGCCACAACCACAGCCACAGCCACAGCCUCAGCCGCCUCAAUUUCCGCCCAACUAUUUUCCUUACAUGCAGCCACCGCCCAACAUGAACGACUAUCCGUACAAUUUCAUGGCCAAAUCGGCGGACGGCAACGUGAUGUCGACGACCGAGUUGCCCGACGCCAAUAGAGUUGCAGCAGCGCAGAGAAAUAACCAAUUCGACACGCCCGAUGAUAAACAAUGGCCCGACGGCUUGGCAAAAAAAAAUUGCACACAAUCGAUGGAUCAACAAGUACAAGAACGCCUGCUCCAAUCGACAGAGUGCGACGGCUUCACGUGUCCGCCGCCCUACGCCCAGUGCAUCUCCCACGAACAGCGCUGCGACGGCCGGGUCGACUGCUUCGGCGCCGAGGACGAGCUCGACUGCCAGCCGGACCUGUACUACGCCCGCGCCGCCAAGGCCUUCCCCAACUGGUAUCAGCUGAGCGAGCAGCAGCGCCAGGUCGCGGCGGCCACCCACACGGCCACCAUCCAGGCGAUCAACGAGCAAGCCACCAAGUUCUACGAGCAGUGGAGAAAUCAGAUGUCCGCGAAUCAGUACGCACAGGGCUGGACGCUGCCUUUCGAUCAAUCGGCCGGCCAGGGGGCGAUCGCCAACCAGCCGCUGCAGCAGCAGCCUGGCCAGGUCGACGGAUCUCCGCCACUGACGACUCCGGUACCGGUGCAGCUCGCCACGAUGUCCAUCAACGAACCCACGUCCGCGAUUUACGUGUCGCCGACUCAAGACUUCUCGACGACGAGGCUCGUGUCACCGGUGCCGUCGGCGGCGCCGCCGACCACCGCCAAGUACGACGAGUCCGAGCAGACGACCUAUCCGAUCUCCUUGCAAGAAACGCCCCAGCUGUUCCAUUGCAAAAGAAUCACGCAGACGAUUCCGCUGGAGAAGCGAUGCGACAACGAGUACGACUGCGAGGACAUUUCCGACGAGCAGAACUGCACCUGCAAGGAGUAUCUGAGAAACACGAAUCCCUCGGCUAUUUGCGACGGCCACGUCGACUGUCACGAUGGAACGGACGAGGAGAAUUGCGGAAUUUGCAAGGACGACGAGUAUCACUGUCACAGGAGUGGAAGCUGCAUACCGGCCUAUCGCAAGUGCGAUCAAAUCAUGGACUGCAAGCUCAACGAGGACGAGUUGGACUGCUUCACGCUGACCGAUGGAAAUCACGUGAACUUGGACAUGGACAAGAGGCCGCACUUGAACAUGGAAGGCGUCGUCACGAGCUACGGUAACGGAGAGUGGCAGCCGACGUGCUUCCGCCAGCAGUUCCUCGGCAACGACAAGCGCCGCGAGGCCGGCGAGAAAUUCUGCGAGUAUCUCGGCUUCAAGAGCGUCGAGGAGACCCUGGAGACGACGGUGCGCAAGGCGCCGCUGCAGCUCAGGCAGUCCGGCAAGAACGCCACGCUGGGCUACGAGUACCCGCCGAGGCUGCACGCGAUCCAGAAGCGCGACACCAACGACACGUGCACGGGCCUGCAGAUACGCUGCAAGCCGAUCCUCGACAAGAAGCUCACCGUCCAUCUGAAAAUCAAUCAGCGCACCGGCGAGCGAACCUUCCUCUGGCCCUGGGAGGCCUUGAUAUUCGUCGAGGGCAGGUACGCCUGCUCGGCCGUCAUCCUCGACGAGCACUGGAUACUCGCCAACACGGCCUGCCACGAGGGACUCGACGUGAAUCAAAAUUACACGACCGCCGUCAUGGGCUCGUCCUCGCCGAGCUUGCUCAUGAGCAGUCCGUAUCAGCAGGUGACCAGGAUCAUAGAAACGAGACCGGUGGAAAAAUCCGACGCGAUCCUGCUUCGCUUGGAGAACAAAGUCAAUAUGACGAGAUACGUGCAGCCGCUCUAUCUCGAAAAAAGAAUAUUCCCCGCCGCACUGAACGACACAUGCGUCGCCAUCGGCGUGAACGCCAAGAAAGAGAGAAAAAUCCAAUUUUUAGAAACGGUCGCCGAUAACUGUCCCAAAUGUCAGCGCUGCUACAUCGAGAAAAAGACAUCAUCCAACUGCGACCAACAAAACCAGAGCAACGCGACGCAGGCGUGGAACGGCAACGUCGUCUGCCAGAGCGGCAAAGGUGGCUGGUAUCCAGCCGCUGUUUUUCGGGACAUGGACGAGAACUGCGGCUUCUCGGGCAAACAAAUUCUCAACAGCAUAGACUACGUGCACGCUCACCUUUCGGAAGCCAUAGACGACACUGCCAAACCCACCAAGAAGUUCCAGUGCGAGGGCUUGAGAUGUAAUUUCGGCAAGUGUCUGCCGUUCGCGAGCAUCUGCGACGGUAUUCGCGACUGUCCCGACGGCGCCGACGAGGAGCCCAACCGCUGCAAACAGCUCAGGCGCGACUGCGGCACCGGCUACAAACAGAAGGAGUGCAAGUGCGACAAGUCCGAGAUGACCUGCGGCAACGGCUCGUGCGUACCCAAGGAGAAGUUCUGCGACGGCGUGAAGGAUUGCGCGGACGGCACGGACGAGCCGCGCAACUGCACCUGCGCCGAGUACCUGAAGGUCACCGAGCCCAAGCGUCUGUGCGACGGACGCCGCCACUGCCUGGACAAGACCGACGAGAGCCCCGCGCUCUGCCGCUGCAAGGACUCGAGCUUCAAGUGCAGCAGGAGUAUUCUCAACGGAGGAAUCCCGUGCGUACCGCAGGAUUUCGUUUGCGACGGAGAACGCGACUGUCCGCAAGGCGAGGACGAGCGUGACGAGAUGUGCUACGUUAUCAAACGCGAAAGAAACGAUCCACCGGGAACGGGCGAGGUUCUGCGCUACACGUACGGCGUGAAGCACACCGAGUGCCUGGCCGAGCCCGUACAGAGCCAGCAGAACGUCACCCAGGUCUGCAAGAGGAUGGGCUACACGUCCGGCAUCCAGACGGAGUCCUACAAGCCGACGGAGUCGCAGUACGUGCCGCGCAACGACUACUACAUGUUCACCCUGAAUCCGCACGCGUACGUGGUGAUGCGCGACGACAGGUCACUCGGCGUCUGGAAGAAGCCCGAGACACCCUGCUACAGGCUAUUCGUUCAUUGCUUGUAACCGUGUCGCCGCGGCGAUCGCUCGUAUGUAAUUGUCACCGCCGCCAGGAUAUAAUAUAGGUUUUAACGAGUCAUCCGUUUCAUAUCACUCCGAUCGAUUGUUUAGAUAGUAUAAG